GCAAAUACGUGUAUGUGUGUGUGUGCUAACCAUUUUACACCAAACUGCUUCGUAAACGAGGGUCAGUACAAUGCAGGAUUUGCAUCAAAGCUGUUAAUCAAGGAUGGAUCAAUACCAACUCUGCGUGAUCCCACCACUUCAUAUCUGAGAAGCAGGAGUUGUAAACUCAGCCCUCUUCUGGAAAGGGGACGGGGAACAGCAGCUCGUUUGCAUUUAAAAAAACACACACGAAAACUUCAUGUUUAUUUUAUUCUACCCAAAAGGGGCAUUUACGGCAAAACGGAACAAAAUAUCGAUGAGUCAUCCAGCACUACACGGGUUCUUGUCCAAUCAGAUGCUCUCUAGAAUGAGAAUGUCCCUCCCACUAAAUGAUCUCUCUUCUCUGCUCUAAUCAUGGUUCGUCGGUGUGUAUUUGGCUGUUCUAACGCACGUACUUUAUUUUGUUUCCCAACCACAAACUGGUUACGAAAAAAGUGGCUGGAGUUUAUACAUUUUGAAGAAGGGGCUAUUUGCGCCAGCUCGCGGCUUUGUGACAGGCACUUCUCUGACGAAUCCUUCACCAAUUUGGGGAUGGUUACUGCUGGGAUAACGUGCUACCUUACAUUAGCAAACACGGCCGUUCCCACUCUGUACACUGUAGGCGCUUCCCCUCCCGCACGAGUAAGUAUUGCUUUCUUCAGAAGCUUCUUAGACGUUGCAUUUCUUUCAUCAAAAUGUAAUCACUAAGCUCUUCGCCUUGGAAACAACCUUUCAUGUAUUGUAUGCUAUGCUGAGUGACGUAGCGGCGUCAUGACGCAGGGAUAAUUUGAACCGGAUCUUUCGAGCCGAUUCUUUAAAAUGAACAGUCAAAAAAGAACCAGUUCGCGCCACAGAAAAGAGUCGGAUUGCCAAACACUGAACGAGCAUAGCAAGCUACGGACAGAUAUGGUGAAAAGGUGCGUUUUGGGUUGUUAUCCGCACAAAACCUUGUUCCCUUUCCCCAAGCUGCCGUGGUUGCGAGCCCGCUGGCUUGAAUUUUUGCAUUUUGAGGAAGGAGGAAUAUCGGAGAGCUCGCGGUUGUGUGCGAAGCAUUUCGCCCCAGAAUGCUUCACAAAUUUACAGCAGUACGACAUGGGCUUCACUGACUUUCUUAGCUUGAUAGAUAUGGCUGUUCCGACAAUAUACACCGUUGGUCCAGCACCGAGUGUGAAGCCAAUAACACGCGAGAUGGGCUGCCAGUGUAAUGCUCUGAUUCUGAAGAGCGUUGCGGUCCAAGCAGUACGCACCCAAAAAAAGCCAAAACGGAGAAGUAAAGCCAUUCAAGUGAGACCUCUUUUGAGUCAUUGUGCUAGUGUGUCCUGCUCCGAUGAGGAUUUUCCCGUCAAAUCUGAAUCUUCAUUUACAUUAACACCAAUUAAAAGGCCACGCAUGGAGGAUUCCCCUGAGAGGUCUACACACAGCUCAGAAGAACCAACAGAUGACACCCAUGUGCCUAAUAUAAUUAAAGAAGAUGACAUAAAGCUUGAGCCCUGUGAGUCUUCGUACAUCGUCGUCACCAUUUGAAUCCUCCAUUUCGUCAUCUGCAGAAAACAGAAUCUGACCAGCACAGGAGGAAGAGGGCAAAGAGAAAGACGGUGUUCAACUUAUCUUUUUAAAAAACAAACAGAUGAUACUGAAAACAUAUCAUCCUAAAAAGUGGAAUACACCUCACAAACCUAAAUAAGUAGGUAAUAUUCUCUAUGACAUUCUGACUGAGCUGCUUAUUCCUUUACAAGUGAGAAAGAUGGACUAUAAUCACUUGACUAAAACAUCUGACAUGUCAACGAAUUAGUAUGACACAGAUAAAGCGUGUGGAUGGAAAUGCCACACUCGAGAUGACUGUUCUCUCACUGUCAAGUUCCCUCCUCAAAUGACUUGCCUUGUCUCAAAUCUAGCACUAGCACAGGACAUACUCAAGAGAUGUUAUUGGGUCAAACAUCAUAUAAAUACAGAAAUAUUAGCAGCAUGUUAGUAAACCACAUACACUAAUGUGUUCUAUUCAUCCUAAAAACUGUCUUCCACUGAAAAUCAAGUUUGACCAGAGUUCAUUACUGGAUGUUUUGUUAAUCAGAACAGUCUGUGCAGCCUUUUCUUUAAGGCAUACCUGCUUUGUUAGAUUGUAAACUCACUGACUGAUCAUGGUUAUACUCACUUCAGGUCAAGUGUUGGGAAAGAUUAAGGAGCGGUCAUGCACAUAAUGGUCAUGCAUUUGUACUACGGAAAAAGGGGGAUGUAAAAGGGGAUGUCCCAUCUAGGACUUGGGUAGAGGGAUGAUUUUGAAUUUAACACUGUAGAUCAAAGGAAAGCCCAAAAUAUAAAUUCUGCCAUUUAAAGAUGUUUAAGGAGGAGCAAGAGUGUCUUGCCAAAGCAAGUCUGUUUAGAUUCAGAUCACAAAUGUUUAGACUUUGUUGAUUGUUUUGAUAAGUGUUUUAUACAUUCCAUAAACUAAUAAGUGUUAUGUAAUCAUUUAUGAUUUUCUUUAAUGGAAAUAGGUUUUAUUCUGUGGUUUAAACAUGCAAAUAAUUUCAUUUCCAAUAAAAAUGUUAACAUUACAAGUGUUUUUUUUUUUUCUCCCUCCAGAGUGUGACUUGGUUUAAAGUGGUUGACAAUCAUUUAAACCAGCUAUGUUGCUGGUGCUCAUGUCUAAAAUUAUUAUGUAAUUAUUAAUUAUUACUCCCACUGAAUGGGAGUCUAUGGCAGCUCUAUGAACGGAAUGAGAAAGUGAGGAAAUUUGGCACAAUUGUAAAGAUGGUAAUGAAUAGUGAUUUGACCAAUUUUGGAGUCUGUAGAAUCAACUCUAUGGCACCACCACCGGUUGAAAAAUUCACUUUUCUAAAGCUUAUAAAUUUUGAACCCUUUGUUCUAGAAAAAUGAAGCUUAGUUCAUCUUAAUAAUCUCCUCAUUCUGAUCACAUUCAAUAGCUUACAUUAAGACUCCACCCAUAACAGUAGUAGCCAUUUUAAAUAGUACAGUAUUACUUUUUUCGUUACGACAAAAUUUUCCCAAUUCUUACAAAAAUUGGCUCAGAGGAUCUUUGGACUGAGCCACACAGAAAUGACUGAACAAAAUUUUGAUAUUUUGAUCAAAAGUUACGGUAUCAUAAUUACAAUAAUACAUAAUUACUUAAUUUCAACCAAAAAUCGGUUCAAACUAAACUCGGUA